UUGGGUCGCUGGAGCGCAUGCAAACAUUUCGGUGGCGCAACCGAUAAAAGCUCUGCUCGUCGCGUAGGUGUGUGCUUAUAUACAUACAUAGGGGCCUCGUGUCGACGCCGGUUGCAUUAACGUUUUUGGUGCGUUGCGCCGCGUACUUCUGCUGACCGCCUGAUUGUUUUGCCUGUGUGUUUAUCCUCCCAUACACACGGACACAAACACGGACCGGACGGACACACACAAGCGUAAUGUGAAAUCAUAAUAAAGUGUAACAUACCGUUAUAGUUAUUACAUGUGUGCGUGUGCAAUAAAUAAUAUUUGUGUGGAAUCGAAAAGCCGGAUUGUGUUUUGGUGCCUGCAAAAGCCUGUGCGAUGGCAGGAUCUUUGUAAAAUGGAAACAUUUGCAGGCGGCCUUUGGAUGAAUGAACAGCAACAACACAGAAUCGGCGGCAGCUAGAACGAAACACCCACAGACAGACAAACAGAGAGAGAGAGAGGGCGCGCUAGAGAGAGCCAAACAAACGUAGUAAGCAGACAGCUAGCCAGCCAGCCACCAAAACAACAAAGAGAAUAUAAGUAAUUUGCAUCGGCUGUUAGUGGAGCAGCCUCGACAGAAGACCCAGCCCCAGUCCUAGCCCCCAGUUGCAGUUCCAGCUCCAGUUUCUGCCACACACACACACACACACACAACAGUCAUGGUGAUAAGCAAACCCGAAACGAAAUCAGCGGCGUCCAAUGGAGCGGCAACCGGAUCUGUUGCGGCAGCGGCUGCGACUGCCGCCGAAAUGGAUGUCGGGGGCAAUAGUCUGGCACAUCCCUCGGGAAUACCACAGGAUCAAAUAGACAAUAUCAUGAGCGGCAUUGGCAACACGGGCAAUGUCCGCAUGAACAAUCACCGCAAGAAGCUGCGACAAAGAUUUGAUAUUAUUAAGAAACUAGGUCAAGGCACCUAUGGCAAGGUGCAGUUAGGUAUUAAUAAGGAAACCGGCCAGGAGGUGGCCAUCAAAACCAUCAAGAAAUGCAAAAUCGAGGCAGAGGCCGAUCUGGUGCGCAUCAGGCGCGAAGUGCAGAUCAUGAGUUCGGUGCAUCAUCCCAACAUUAUACACAUCUAUGAAGUAUUUGAGAAUCGAGAGAAAAUGGUGCUGGUCAUGGAGUUUGCCGCUGGCGGCGAGCUCUACGACUACCUGUCCGAGAGGAAGGUCCUCAACGAGGAGGAGGCGCGACGCAUCUUCCGGCAGGUGGCCACCGCCGUCUACUACUGUCACAAGCACAAGAUCUGCCAUCGGGAUCUGAAGCUGGAGAAUAUACUGCUGGACGAGAAGGGCAAUGCCAAGAUUGCCGACUUUGGGCUGUCGAAUGUGUUCGAUGCUGGCCGACUGUUGGGCACCUUCUGCGGCUCCCCGCUGUACGCAUCGCCCGAAAUCGUCGAGGGCACACCCUACCAGGGACCGGAGGUGGACUGCUGGUCGCUGGGAGUGCUGCUCUACACUCUAGUCUAUGGGUCCAUGCCCUUCGAUGGCUCCAACUUCAAAAGACUCGUCAAGCAGAUCAGCCAGGGCGACUACUAUGAGCCGCGGAAGCCGUCGCGCGCCUCCACCCUCAUCCGGGACAUGCUGACGGUGUGCCCCCGGAAACGGGCCACCAUCGAGCAGAUCUGCGCCCAUUGGUGGGUCAACGAGAACGACAAUGUCUCGUGCCUGGACCUGGCCGAGGAUCUGGCCAAUCAGACGCCCGUGCGUCUGGAUGUGCUGCUCUCGCUGACGCCGGCGGCCAUCACGGCGGACCAACUGGUGGUGCCAUCCGCCGAGGGGGCGGCCGCAGCGGCCAAGGCGGCGGCCAACGAGCGUGUGCCCCGCUCCCAUUCGGUGGGCUCCAUACGCGACAUGGGACCGCCCAACACGGAGGCAGAGCGUCGCAUCCUGGACAUGGUUGCUGCCGGCGGAGAGGCCGCCCUGAUGCCAUCGCCCACAAGGACCAUCACGCCCGCCCAGAGCCCCGUGCAGACCAAACGGAAGCUGCAGCCCACCGUCUCCACCGAGAAUGCGGCAGGAACCACGGCCAAGAAGAAGGAGAAGCCGGCCAACAAUUCGUUUGUGAUCAGCGCAGGAGCAGCACCGCCACAACCACUUGCACCGCCACCGACUGAGCCCAUGCGACCAGCACCCGCACCACCGACGCUUAUGGAGGCGGAGACUGUGCCCGAGGGGAAGCCGAUGGAGCCGAGCUUCUCGCAGAAGGACAUGCAGAUGGUGGGCGACCUGUGCGAGCAGCUGAUGGGGGGAGAUGCCUCUGGCACGCCCACACCCACACCGACGCCCGCACCCACGCCAGCACCGGCUGCCACCGCGGCUGCACCAGUGCCUGUGGCCCGGCAGCCGACGCGCGGCAAACUAGACGCCGUGGCCGAGACGCCCGAGGAGAAGGAUGCCACCAAGGUGAUCAAGAAGUUUGUGAACAAGCACAAGACCGCCGACCUGGUCAACGCCAUCAACGAGAGUGCCAACACGGCCAGCGGCAAGGUGGCGCCAACAGCAGCGACUGCGCCUCCAUUCGUGCGCAAGUGCAGCCUGCAGGAUGAGUCGACGCUGAACAAGUUCAAUGCCGAGCGCCGCAAGUCGCGCAUCCUGGAGACGGCGGAGAAGUUCCAGCCGGCGCCACCCAUCACGACAGGACCAGGAGGCCAGGCGGCGCCCGAGAAGCCCAAGAAGCUCAGCAUACCCGGCGUCAGUGUGGGCAGCUUCAAGAAGGAGUUCGAGCGCAAGGCCACCAAUCCGCCAGCCACGGCAGGACCCACGCCCGGCGAGCUGCGCGCCCAGGAGCAGGUGGCCGCUGCGGCGGCUGCUGCCCAGGAGGCCGAGUCCCAGCCCCUGGUCACGCCGCCAGCCUCGCCCGUGGUGCAUGCCCAGUCGCAGUCCCUGGAGGCCAGCGACUCGAAGAACUCGGUGACCUCGAUCUCGCUGGACGAGGCCCGCCGUUCGAUGGAGAACUCGAUAGCCCUGCUGCUGCAGGCCCAGAACGAGUCCAACAAGGAGGUCGACCAGCUGUGCGCCCAAACGGAGACGAUCGGCGUCAGCGAGCCCACGCCCACCAGGGAGGAGCGCGAGCGUAAGUUGAAGAACGCGCGCACCAUCAUCGGAAACGCCAUCCAGCCAGUGAUACGCAGGCCGGCACCGUUUUGUGGCAUCGGCAACGGCAAUGGCAAUGGCAAUGGCUUGGGCGGUGGCAGUGGCAGUCGCGUGGGCGUGAGUGGGCCCAACAGUGCACCGAUACGCGGAGAAAGUGGCAGUAAUUUUAUGGGCUAUCUGACGCCUUCGCCGCCGAUAUGUGGCCCACAGACAGCGCCGCCAGUGCUGAUCUCACCCAAUGCCUUGGCGGCGGCCAAGCAGACCAUACAGCAGCGGCUCUUUGGUAGUGGACUGCCCGGCAAAUCAUCGGCAACAUCGAAGCGGCCGGCCACAUGGCAGCCCCAGGCGGCGUACAGCUCGGCGAGCAUCUUCCAGCCUGCGAACAGCAGUCCAUUCAGGAUGCUGCAACAAAAGUACCAGCAGGAACAGCAGCGAGGAUCGGGUGCCAUGUUCGCGCCGCAGCCAUUGCCACAAUUUGCCCAGCAAGCCAACAGCAGCGGCGUCAACAGAGGCGGCAACAGCGGCAACAACAGCAGCAACAGCAAUUGCAACACGAUGCCUAAUGUCAAUUACAAUGUCAGUUCGCGCACGAGACCAUUUCAUAAUCAAGCUCAAGACACACUCAAUACCAAUGCCAGUAGUACAUCUGCCAUGCCCGCGGCCAUGUGGCUGAAAUCUUCGCCCGGAGCCGAUGGACAGCCGGGCACACCCGGGGCCGUCAAGACCUCCACAGCCUCAAUUACCCUCAAGUCGGCCACUCUGCCGCGCCGGAAGAUCAAUGCCAAGUCGGAGGUGCAGCUGGAGAUCAAGCCGCGCAUACCAGAGCAGGCACCACAGCCGGCCAUGCGCUUCAGCACCGAGAUGCAGCAUCCGGUGGCCGAUCUGCGCAGCGCCCCGCCGCGCGAAGGCCCCAUACCGUACAGCCCCAUCAAGACGACGCUGCAGGCGCGAGCGACCAGCCUGGAGCCCAAGGAGCAUGUCAUCACCAUCCAGCGACCACCCACGCAGCACGCCUACGGACGCACCAGCUCCAACACAACCACGCGUUCCGGCUCACUGUCACGCCAGUCGACGGUCGAAUCCGAAUCGGAUGCGACCACCACCACGGCCACAAAUAUGUCACAGGCAACCGUGACAGGACUGGGCACCUCCCAGCCCAUCAAGAAGAGUCCACGUGAAUUUAUCAUACCGAUUGCCGUCGAGGGCGGUGGCUUCAUCACGCCCCGAGAGCGCAGCAUCGAGCCAUCCGAAUCGAGUCACACCACCGCCUCCAGUCGGUCCACCUUUAGCCGACUGCGUCCGUCGCGUCGCAUUGGCUCCCUGCUCAGCGAGGCCGGCUUCGAUGAGGGUUCGCCAUUCCAGAAGAUGCGCACCACCUCCAUAACACGUGACGGCGCCGGAGCCGGGCCCGGGGCCGAUGAGGAGGCACGCUUCACCCCACACCGACUCAGAAGCUCAAGACCUGUCAAGAAAAUUAGUCAGGACAACGACUCGCAAAGCUCUAACGAAGAGGAUGAUGACGACGAUGAUGGCUUUGAGAUACUCACGGCGGAGAAUCUGUUCUCGACACUGCUGCAGCGGGUGCGAAACUUAACGAAUCGCCUCAACGUCAACAGCGACCUGACAGUCGGUUUCCCCAGCCAUUCUAGUCGCCUGCUCACGGACAUCUCGCGGCAGGCACAGAGCCACAGUCCAUUCUGGAGCCAGGGAGUCUCACCCUUUGCCAGCCGCCUGAACAGUGGCAGCAACAGCGGAGGCCUGGGUGCCCCCUGGCGGCACAGCAUGUCCCGGGACCUGGGCAGCGACAUGGAAUCGAUGUUCUCGCGCACCGGCGCCACUUUGCCAAGAGGUCACCACCAGGGCAAGGGCAGCUCCAGCAAGCCCAGCUCGGCGCCGGCCCAUGUGGAGAAGACGGCCCCAACAACAGCGACAACCCCAGCGGCAGCCGUCACCGCUGAGGAGCCUCUGGACCUGGCCGACCUGGAUCUCUCGCGGCUGCGGCUGAGCAAGAAGGAUCUCGAAACGCUGUCCAGCAUCACGCCGGGACUGCCCAAGUGCUUUCAGGAACAGCUGCUGGCCAAGCUGCCGCCCACCCAGGCCCGCAAGCUGUCCCGCACCCUGAGCGUGCAGACCAGUGCCCCCAGCAGCGCCAACACCCCGAAGCCCUACAAGCGCAGUCAGAGCGGCGGCCGCGGCUACUUGCCGGAUCAGCCGGAGGAGGAGUACAAGCCCAAGCCCCUCACAGAUGCACCCAAGACAACGGCGGCCAGUACUGCCAUCUAUCGACGCAGUCUGAGCCGGAGCCAGGCCCUGACCCAGACCCAGGCACAGCCCAAUCAGGAGGGGACAACUGGAGCGGGAGUACAGCCUGCAACGACGCCGACUACGACCAGCAAGAGCCGCAGCAGCAGCGUAUGUCGGGAUGACUACGGCAAGUCCUCGCUCUGCAGCAGCACCUACACCAGCGACAUCAGUGACAAGUACAAGUACUACUCCCCCUACUUGAGCAAGUCCAGCAAUGGAGCGACAACAACGACGACGACGAAGGAGGUGCCGGAAAAGCGUUAUAGCGCUGGCCUGGGGCGUCCGCCAAGCGGCUGCCUGUCGCCGCCGCCGAACGGUGCAUUGCCGGCGAGCGUGCCACCGGGCGAGGGCAGUAGUUCCCUGCGCGGACGCUCCUCGCAGCGCCGAAUCUCACGCUUUCUGCGGCCCGACUUCUUCGACGAUCCACGCGACCGCGAUCGCGACACGCAGAACAUGUUGCGGGACAUACGCGAGAAAUCCAGCGAUCGCAUGGAGCAGGCGGAUCUGCGUCGGCGCAAGCACAGUCUGCCCAACGUGGAGCAAGCCGAUGAGGUGCCCACACUGGAGCCAGGACCAGUCAGGUCAUCGAUGCGUCACACGCGCAACAAGAGCGUGGAACUUUUCCCAGAUGCACCCGAAGGCACCCAACAGACAGGACAGACAGCACAGGACUCUUCAGGCAAGCGCUCGGGACUGCGACAACGAAGUGUUUCCAGGCCACGUGAGCUGGAAACCGAUCUGGACAAGCAUGAGCUGGCGGACAAGAUUCUGCAAGAGCUGCAGCUUCUCUCCGCCGUGCGCACCCAACACGAGCAGGGCCAGACUCCCGAUGGAGAGACUGACAAGACGGAGGAGACCUCAACCAUCCGCAAGGUGAAGAAGGUGAAGCCCAAGGAUGUCGCCUCCAACGAGGCGGAGGCCACCAAGCUCUCAACGACGACAACAACAACAACCACUACGCUGGUACGGAAAGUCAAGAAGGUGUCUAGGAAGGCAGACGAACCGAAGACGCCCAGUACGGAGACAGCUGGCACAGAGAUGCCAGUGCCUGCCUCUACGCCCAAGGAGACCCGGCUGAAGCGCCCCAAGUCCUACCCCAUGAAGGACCUCGGUCUGAGCCUCAAGUCUGGAACGGAGCUGCCCGAACCCUCGGUUUCUGCCUCGGCAAUGCCCAGUAAGCUUCCGAGCAAGCUGCCAUCAGCCGUGGGCAACGACUCUCAGGCUGGGGAGAAUGCGCCACGGGAGAGCCGCCUAAUGCGUCCCAAGAGCUAUCCAGCCACCAAGCUGGCCACGCCCAAGGAAUUACGUAAGGUCGCACGGAGCGGGGUGGCCAUUCCCACCAUUGCGGAGGCGACUCCAACUGCCUCGGCAGAUAUCUCCGCCACUGGCACUCCCGUCAGCUCCAAGUCCACGUCGGAGGAGAAAUCUCUUUCGGCCACGCCCACCGGCACCAUGAGUAACGUGAUCGAUACCAAGGACACGGCCUCUUCCUCAAGCGACUCGCGGCCGACGACUAUCAAGAAAAUCAUCAAAGUGUCCAAGAAAUCCAAGCUGGUGCCACCAACGCCAGUGACGCCCACCACGUCGCCCUCAGCCACAACAACCACAAACACCACGGCCACAACAACACCUGCAGACAGCUCCAAGGAGUCGAGUCCCGUGAUCAAAUCGAAGGAGAAGUCGCCGGAGAAGAAGCCCAGCAAGGGCCUGCUCUACGCCCUGGGCCAGAAGUUCGAGAAGCUGCGUGACUCGGCCAUGAGCAAGGACAAGAAGACGGCCACAUCCGGAGGGUCGACAGCCUUGGCCUGCACCCAGAAGCAGGGCUCACCGGAGGAGCGCAGCUCCCCCGAGAAGGCCACGGUACUGCGCAAGAAAAAGUCUCUGGAGGCUGAGAAAUCAAUCGAGCUGCCGGCCGAAGACAAGCGAGUGGACAAACGGUCCCGUUUCGAUAGCAUGCUGCGCUCGCUGCGGGAGCGUUCUGUGCCUCGCUCCCAGUCCAGCUCGAGGGCGAGUCCCAAGCGAGCGGCCAGCGUGGAAGAGCUGCAUGCCGGAGUCGGCACGGACGGGGCCACCGGGAAGCAGAGUGGAGCCGUCAACAAGAUGUUCGGGGGACUGCUGCGACGCUUCGAUCGGGAGAGCAGCGAACAAAGGCGUGUGCGGAGCACUCGAUCCACCAGCAACAUUGAGCGACAGGUGCGCGAGGAGCAGGAUCCCUUGCUGCCGACAUCGCCCAUCUACCAGAACGUGGUGAAGGCCAAGCCGAUUGCCCAGGCCGCCACCGAAGAGAACUGCAACUGCGAGACGGCCUGUCCGGACUGCAGACAGAACCAGGGACAGGCCAUGAAGCCGACCAGCGCCAGCAGCAGCACCACCCCGAGCAUCAAGGAGAAGCGCAAAGGUCUGAUGUUGGAUCUGGCCAGUGCCCAGGGGGCCAGUGGUGCGAGUGGGGCGGCCAGCGCCGUGACUACAGCCACCACCACCACAAGUGGCAGCAGCUACCGCGGAUCCAAGACCAAUCCGGCGCUGAUCAAUGGCAACGGCGGGUUGGGACUGUACUCGAAUCUGCCACCUUAUCCGGGGGCCAUGAAGAGCGCCUCCUCGAACAACAGCUCCAGCCAGCAGUCCGUGGAGAAUGCCACCAACAACAACUCGACGAACACGAACAACAACUGCAGCUCGCAGACGUCGGGGUACCGCACCUCGUCGGCGCAUGAGAUCAACCGGAACAAUCCGAUGCUGACGCCCUCCUUCGAGAACAUUGCCAACUACUCCUCGGACUCGCGCAGCUACCAGGAUGACUGCGCCUCCACCUCGACGUUCCUGUCGCCCACCGAGGAGCCGGAGCUGUACUUUGACAACUGGUCGAUCUGCUCCGAGGACAACUACAUGCUGCACGCGACGCCCUCGCCCACAGUGUCGCGCCUGUCGCGGGCCUCGCUCUCGUCGCCCACGCGCUGCUCGGAGAGCUCCGAUCCCAACGAGAGCGUCAUCGAUCGCAUCAAGCGGCGGAGCUUCUACAGCCGCUUCAACGAGCAGAAGAAGCCGCGUCGCACCAGCAGCAUCGUGGGUCCCUCGGCGGUGCGGGACUACUACAGGGAACAGCAGGCGGCGGUCAAGGCUCGCUCCAGCCACAAGUUGCAUGUGGCGGAGGUGGAGCCGCGCGCCCACUCCCCGGACAUUGCCCAGCAGUUCUUCAGGCCCCUGAAGCUGAGCCCAGUGGGCACGGAGCUGAAGCCUCCCAUGUACCGCUCGCCGUUGGACUACUCCACCUCGUCGUCGGGUGGGGCCACGAGCAAGCCGCGCAAGAGCCUCAACGACAUACGCAACACCUCGCCCUCGUUCCUCAGCAAGAGGUACGAGGUGCACGACUACAGCUCCGUGCCCAUGCGAUACAAGAGCUCCUCCAGCUCGAGUCCCAGCAACGGAGCCAUCGCCAGUGGCUACUACAACACGUACAAUCCCAAGCGCCGCUCCUCCUACACCCUGAACGGCAGCCUGCCCACUGCCAGCAGCAGCAGUGCGGCCGGCAGCAGCCACCUGGAUGGUUAUGCCACCCUGGGACGACGCUCCAUCCGGCCCUACGAUCAUCGGACGAUGUCGCUGCUGGAGCCACCAACAACCAGCAGCAGCAGUGCUGCCGGUAGCAGCGCCUACCAGAGAAGGGAAGCACGCACACCUGUGCGGGACUACACCUCCAGCAUUUCACGGUCCGGAUCGCGUUACCGCACUUCUUCGGCUACUCGCAGUCCGACAAACAUUUGAUGUACCACACCGCAGAAUGGCUUCUGCAUCUUCUGCUACUACUCCAAACGGAAAAAGGCCAGCCCCGGCCAUCAGGGGAACGGGCACGGACAUGGCCAGGCCAUGAGCACGCCGGCCAACACACCUGCCUCCUCGUCGGUAUCGGCCUCAUCCUCGCGCGCCAGCAGUGGCGGCAACAAGAAACAACAACAGCUCCAGCUACAGCCUGCCCAGAGCCAGACCCAGUCUGCCCAUCAUCACCACCAUAAUCCCCAUAAUGAGCACAACAAGUUCUAGACCCCCCGGACACCCAGUUCCCAGCAUCCAAUUAAUUGUAGAGAAUUUUUGAUAAUUUUUUGAUAUAGCCAAAGUUAUAAUCUAGAGUGCAGUGCCACCUUUGGACGCUGCUGUUAGUCGUAGGUUUGUUGUAGUUCGGAUAUAGCGGAGUUUCAGCAAUAGAUCGUGUAUGCGAUUAUAUACGAUUUUCAAAUGAUUGUGCCUUGGUUCCUCGACGGUUUUAGAUUUAGCCAUAGCCGUAUAACGUUGAUUUUAACUGUAAGUGUGAAUGAGAGACAAAGAUACAGAGAUACUCGUACUCGUACUCGUACUCGCACAGAGAUGGAGAGAAGGAUGGAGGAUAUGUUUCACAAAUAUAUAUUGUACAUGUAUUUUCUAUACUAUUUUUGUGGAGGAUUUGAGUGUAAGCCUCGCGCCGAAAAUGCGUUAAAAUUUCUACAAAAUAAUUUUAACACCAAUUUUUUGCAUUAUACAGAACGAACUGAUUAUAAAUGGUUUUCGAGAUUUGAAUAGAGUUUAAUUGGUGGUUAGAAGCUUUCGUUUGCUAGGUCUAUUGAUGUUAUUGCGAAAUAAUAGAAAAUAUGCAUAACUGUGAGCGAAAGCGGAAACGGAAACGGAAACGAAGAGCGUACAGUAAAAAGUAGUUACAAAUCAAAAAAUAAGCGAAUUUAAAAACAAACAAACAGAAAAACAUAAAAUCUUUAGCUCGUUUUGGGUAGAAAUCCGAAUUCGAAUGCGAAUUGGAAGUGUUCAAAUUGUAAUUAGAUUAGGGCGUGAGAGAACGAACAGAACAUCGUUUUCUAAAAAUAAAUAAUAAAAACUGAAUUACAAA